GGGAGAAACGGUCAGAACGAUAUUUGCAAAUGGCCAAUCGUCGAGAAAUGGCUACAGUAUAUGUGAAGUAUUUUUCCUUCUCAAAAAUCGACGAUAAAUAGUAGUCUUAUCGGGCGAAAGUUAUUCGCAAGUGAUACACUGACUGAUCGUGCGUAAGCGUAAGGUGUUAUUUAGCGUAUCCGCGUCGGGGCCAGUGCGUAAAAGCUAGCAGCGAAAAAGUUAGUUUUCCUCAGGCAGGGCGAGAAGCAAAAGCGAGGUUGCUACCAACACUCACACACAUACACACACGGAUACACCUUUCUCGGGGUGGCCUACGGUUCUUUUUCGGUGUGUCGACUUGCGGACGGAAAGAGAUAGAGUCGCGCUGGUUGGUAUACAGGACGAGCUGGGUAAGCGCAAGCGAGAAAGAGAAGCCCGGGCGACGAUGGUGUGGUGCGCCGUUUGUGAAUGAUGUGCAGUGUGCGUGAUGGUGUGUGUGUGACGAUCGCCUUCUAGGCAGGUAGGGAAAAGAAGAGGAAGAAGCGGAAGAAGACGGGUGGUGCGGUCGGGUCAGCAGCAAUAAUAUCGGCAGUGACAGGAACAGUAGCAGCAGUGCCAGUGGGGCAAAAGCAACAGCACACGAGCAGUGGAGUAGUGGACGCAGGAGUAGAGGAGGCGAAGAAGCGGGAGCAAUUGAGGAAGGGCGGAGAACCCCGUCAAGGAAGACGCGGGAAGGCAAAAGAAAACGCGUAAAAAGAAGCCCGAAACAGCAGCGCAAAAUUUGCUCCGAACUCCUCCCGGUGUGUGUGUGCUCGGAGAAGAAGACGUGUGCGUGCGUGCGUGUUUGUGUGUAUGUGUGCGGUUGGUAGACGGUCGACGUCGUCGUACAAAAUUCUAGCGACACACCAGUUACUCCUAACGCGCCGUGUGCGCCAUUAAAGCCACACUAGCUACACUUCCGCCCGUUUUUCGGUUCCGCCGUGCACGAGUGUGUGUGGAGGACAAGUGCGGUGGCCUGGAAGCACAGCAACCACGAAGGGACAACAACGCUGAUUGCAUUUGCUGAGGCAACAUCAUCAAUAUUCCGGAACCGUACAGUUCUUCGUUCAGCUUCAUUCCUUCGUCCAGGAAGGCCUGCAAAACUGCGCAAACUUUGCACACACACUCACACACACACACACACACACGGCCAAGUUUCUGCUCAACACAACUGGAUGUGGAUGUGUAUGUGUGAGUUGCAUGAUUCGCGUACCCAGGAGGAGAGAUAUUGGCAAAAAAUAAAAUAAAUCAUCAGUCUCGAACUUCCAAAUCUACACUAGUGCGCUGUGAUUAAUCCCCGUCCCCUUCUAGAAGAGCGAAACUGCAAACACACGCACACUACCAGUGCCAGAGAGCAACACACGGACAGACCGGGUGUACACAGCUAUACGGUGGCGCUCGUUCGUAGCACGGCUUCUCAGCUGUCAGGCCAAAGGGGUUGCAUAAUUGCAGCGCGAUUUAUUCGACGCGCAAAGAAAUUGUGAUCGUUGCGCCGAGCAGCAGUGGCUCGCGUAGUUGCUGCGGGGACGGUACAGAACGGUUUGCAGACUAGUGGUCCCACAGACGGUGCGCGUACACUUUUCGCAGUGCAAGCGUCGUUUUGCGCCAGUUCUGUUGUCUGUAGUGUCGGUUUGUCCGAACACCGGAAACACGAAACGGAGAAAAGAAACUUACAACAUAAAAAGAAACUGCUUGCACCACACCCGCGUUCACCGUGCAGUGAUUUAAAUCGUGAUCGUGAUAGUGAACCUUCCGCGCAACCAUUUACCUAGUCUUGUGUUUAGUGUAUCUGUGUGCUAAGUGAGCGUGAACGCACGGUAUUGUGACUUUGAGAGCAGAAAAACAAAAUUCGAACGCACAAAAUUUGGCGAUAGACGAUCCCUCCUCCAAACCGAAUACUGAACACUCCCUUGGAUGCACUUUCGUUGAAGGAAAGAAGCCAUUCUAGAAGGUAGUAGUUAACAUUCGCAAAUUGCUAAACAAAACAAACACAUUCUCCCAGACAAACACAAAUCACAAGUGCGUUUAACCGAAGACAAAUAAUGCAAAGCGUGCAAAGUGCGGCUUGAUGAAUGAACUACUUUGAACUUUGAACAAACAAACUAAAAAACACACACACACAAAUCAACAACCAAAUCAUCGAUCCUACCUAAAUGCAAGUUUUAAACUACACUCACUCGUACAACAAAACUCAGAACCAAAAUUAAUGGGGAUAAAGUAAGAAAUUUACCGCGAAAAAAGUAACACCAAAAGCACAUCAAACGCGGUCCCUUUCGGAAGAUAAAGGACAGAUCGUAUCCGAGUGAAAUUGAAACUAAGAUCGAAUAAUACAAAACUAUUAGCAGUUGCAGUAGCGUAUAUGAGAGAGAGACAGAGUAAGGGGAAGUAGGACGUUACCGCACAGCAAUCCUUUCCAUUCUUCGUGAUCGUGACAAUAUAUCUUGGUAGUGCUUAAAAUCGAAUAAUUCUAAUGCGAACGCGUGGUACGGCAACGCGCUGAAGUGUGUAUGUGUGUAUGUGUCAUUCGUAGAGAGAAUAAACCACCGACUAGAGAAUAACGGAGACGAUCCUGGAAUAUCAAAGCAAACCCGUAGUAGAGGACCAGAGCGGCAUCAACGACGACGUGCAACUGGCAAGAUCGCUCCUUCAACAGCAAAGAACGAAUAUUGUUUGCGAGUGUAUGUGUGUAUCGGUCUCGAAGACGACGUAAGGUGUGUGCGCAAGGCAAAGCAGCGCAACCUGAACGGCGGGACCCUAAUUUAGUUCGACCAGCACAAAUUUAUAUCGCCAUCAGCAGUGAACACCGAAAUCAUCAUCAUAAUCACCCGUCUUUUUGAAAGAUAUUCUUUGAAACCCCUCUGCCAUUGAGUUCAACUUUAAAACACGAAUAAAACCAUAAACCUACAAAACUUUAAGAAUCUGACGAAGCAGCACAGCAGCGCAUACAAACACACUACUUUAGCAUAUAGGAUUGAAAGUGAUACUUUAAGCAAUCCCUUCUCGUUAAGCACACUCGUGUGUGGCUGUACUCUCGGCAGGAUAACAAGCGAAAACUUCAAACCAGCCUGCCAAGCAAUAGGAUUAGCUCCCGCGGGCCACGGCACAGAUCAUACAAAGGUUGCAACCGCACACAUACGUAGAGAAAGUCAACCAAAAACUCCAAUAGAUUAACGAUUCCUAGCAGUAUUGCCAAGAUUCUUGUCGGUUGUUUGUUGAAGCACGUGCGUGUGGUAAAAAAAAAAAAAAAAAAAAACAAACGCUUAGCAGACUGUAGCGCACUGCAAUUGAUCUUAUAUUACUACUAGUACACUACCGCUACUAUAUUACUAUUACUUCUACUACCUUACUACUACAACCAACCACCAGCAGCAGCAUAUAGUCGAAAGUAGCAAAACAAUUGUUGCUGUGUGUUGCCAUUACUCAACACUACUUCACCAACAAGUCUGAAUACGCUUUUAUGAAUUUACUUAAACAAAAAGGGAAAACAAAUUAUUGCUCGAUGCCACAAAACAAACUCAACCAGUAGCACCAACCUGAGACACUAAUAUUACUACUACAACUACCAUCGUGUUGAAUGUGAUUAAAAGGAUGCUAAUUUAGCAGCCAAGUCAGUAGGGUGAGGAAAGAUUACAGUUACAAACGCUACAAGCAGCAAACAAAAAACGGGAAAAAGAACGAACGUGAAAUAAGAACUACAACGUCAGCUGGACUGCUACCAAACUACUAAUAUCCAUUACUACCCCACAAUCGAUCUAUGAGUCUGAAAUCACACACAAUCAGGGAUUGUUGCAUCGACAUCAUCCUCUCUUAAAGUAGCUAAUUUGUCUUGAUCGACGUGCAGGCAGAGUAACAAAAAGAAGAAGAACGACAGGUGGAUCGAGGAUCGGUCCGGCCAAUCUUCCAAGCUCGUAUCGAAAUCAUUGUUGCUCAUCUCUCCAACGCCAAACAUCCAGUGGUGGUGGUGCGUCUUCUGACCGGUGUUGCAGAACCAUAACGUUAGUAGAAAUCAAUACAAACAAACGAGCCAACGAGGCAGAGAGACAGGCCGAGCGAAAGAGAGAAAGAGAGGAGAAUCGCAAAAGUGAUACUAAAUUCCUUUAUUAUGUGCCAGUGUUCCUUAGCGGACGCACAAAACUACGUGAAACCAGCCACUAGACUAAAACCGUACAAGCAGUUAGUCGCAUCUCUCGGUUGUUGUAUCAGCGUGUCGAAGGACGGCACGAUCAACGACACCGUUCUUUGUGGUAUUUAAAAUUGUUCCAAGAAGAAGAUUCAUCAUAUACGGAGCGGACAGGACAACCAACUCCCCUCCCUCCAAUCCCCUCCAAAAUCAUCACAAGCCCUCCACUGCGUGGGGAUACAAUAGAGAAGAAGGAGUAUCAUUACUAGCGGCAUAGAUCGGCCCAGUACAGUUAGCAGCAGCUGUUAGCACUGGGUGUGUUAGUAUCAGUUGGAAGUUAAUCAUCAUCGUCAUCAUCAACGUAUCAGCAGCAGCAGCAAAAGUAUCCCGUGUUCAAGAUGAUGGUUGUCGGCCAGAAGGGCGAAGAGGAAAUGCAGAAUAACGAAAAUGACACUGUGAAUAUGAAAUGUGAUUUAUCUCAUUACCUGAUAGCUAUAAAGAAAACUAAACUUAGCGUAAUUACUGAAGCGGAUGAUAGCAAGCUAGAGAAGAUGGCGAUGCCAGAGCUGCAAGUGCAGCAGUUCGGUGCGGAUGAGGAUGACCAAAUUGUAGCCAUUAAGAAUUCAAAUUGCGAACCACCAUUGAAACUAAAGGAUAAUAAUAGUGAUGUAGCGGGACGGGCGAAGCAGUGGUCGGCGGAAGAGGAGCAAUGUCAGGAACAGCAGCAAACCCAACAGAGACUAUCAGGCAGCAAAUUCGUUCGGUUCGAAGAACUCGUUCGUUUGACGCAGCUGGAAACGACCAUCCGUCAGCAAGCGCCGCACCAUCUCCGGAUGAGGUUGUGUGGUGGGGGCGAAGACUCUAUCAAUAACGGUACAAGUGCCUGGGGUCAGCCCACCGCUACGAACAACCCGGCCGGUAGCACCUGGGGUCCCAUUGGAGGAGGCGGUGGAUCUGCACAGCAAUCCGGCGCUUCCGUUGGCCCAUCCGGCUCAUCGCAGCAACCGGGUGCCGGUGGAGCCGGUGCCGGUCCAUGGGGAGCAGGCUCACAGCAAAACGGAGGUCCAGGAGGACAAAAUUCAAAGGGCAACGCAUCAUCAGUCAAUCCGAAUAAUGUAGGAGCCUCGGGAGUUACUGCCGAUGGCAGUGGCAACAGUGCCGGCAGUGGUGGAGGAGCCGCCGGUCCUUGGAACGGAGCGGGAGGAAACGCACAAGGUGCUGCUGGUGGGGCGCAAGGUGGUGCUGGACCGGCAGGAAGUGGAAACAAUGCCACCGGUGCUUCACAGCAGGAUCAGCAAGGAGCGAUAGGUGGUGGCGGCGUAUCUCAACAGCAGCAAGCCGUAGCAGCGGCGGCAACAGCACAACAAGCUGGACAAGCGGGACAACAGGAUGCGGCAGGUGCCGCGGCAGCAUCAGCUGCUGGCGCAGCAGGAGCAGCGGCGGCUGUGGUCCAGUCGAGCGCUGCCAAAAACCAGCUAGAGCAUCUGAACUCGUUACGCGAGUCACUAUUCGCCCAGGACGGCUGGGGCUCGGAGAACGUUGAUCAGGACACGCAGUGGGACGUGCCAGCAUCGCCGGAACCCAGCGGCAAAACUGACCCGAACAGCGCCACCAGUGGGCCGACGGCCGGUAUUCCGAUGUGGAAGACGAACACGGGCACAGAGCUUUGGGAGGCGAAUCUGCGCAACGGUGGCCAACUGCCUCAGCAGCAACCGCCAGUCCAGAAGACUCCCUGGGGACCAGCAAACAACUAUGGUGGCACCUGGGGCGAGGAUGAUGAGGCCAACGAGCCGGGAAGCGUCUGGAACGGAGCGAUGGGUGGUGCAGGCGUCGCUGGCGGUCCAGGCGGACCGGGCGGUGUGGGACUGCGCGAUCAGCCACCGGGCCCGCAGCAAUCACAGCAACUGGCCGGACAGCAGCAAGGCCAGCAACCGCCGUGGAACACGGCCGCCGGAAUGGCUGGCAGUGGAGCUGGCGGUGGCGGUGGCAUGUGGCCGGGGGCUGCAGCAGGGGCUCCUGGAGGUGUUGGGGCGAUGGCACCAAACGUUCCCGCCGGUCUCAAGAAGGACAACGAGUGGGGCGCAGGCAUUGGCGCCGGUGCUCCGGCUGGCGGAAGCGGCGCAUGGGGAGCAGGUGGUGGUGGUGGUGGUGGCGCGGCCGACGGUCGCGUGGCCGGCAAUCCGGCAGCAGCCGGAGGCCUCGAUCCCACUGGGCUCGAUAUGCGCAACAUACGCAUUGCCAGCGCGAUGGAUAGCAACCGUGAGAUCCGUGGCGAUCCGCGCGGCAUUUCUGGCCGGCUGAACGGCAACGUUGGCCUCUGGGAUCAGCAUCAGAUGUCGAGCAUGCAGCAGAAGAUACCACCGACGGCCACCACUCCCGGGACGCCUACGGGAGGCGUUGGAGCGCAAGGCGGCGGCGGCCAGUGGCCCUCGAACAACCCGCUGGGCGCGGUUAACAAUGGCGUUGCGGGUGGGGGCGGUGCUGGUGCUAAGCUGGGAGGCGGAUCCGGCUGGGACGAUCCAACGGCAGGCGGUGGCCCACCGGUGGUUGGUGGUGUGCGUCGCAACAACAUGGACGAUGGCACCGCCCUGUGGGGCCAGAAUGCGCUGAACCGGCAGAACUCCGGCAAUGUAUCCGGCUGGAAGGACAACAGUGGUGGCGGGUUGGGUCCACCCGGCACUGACGGUGGAAUGGGCCGGAACUUGAUGCACCGCAAUGCGAUGGUCGGCGGAGGUGGCAACAUGCCCGGCAACGGGGGACUGGUAGGACGCGGUGUCGGUGGUCCCGGCGGUCCGAUGAAACCGGACAGCCUGUGGGGACAGAAUCCGGCGGCCGCACUCGGUGCCGGACCGCGCGGCGGUGCAGGCAACUGGGGCGGAGACGACGUGCCGUCCGCAGCGGGCGGUGGCAACUGGGGAGACGACAAACCGCCGGGCGGUGGUGGCAUGGGCGGCAACUCGCUGUGGAACGACGGUGCCAACAACAACUGGAACAACAAGGCCAAAAUGUCCGCGGGCGGCGGUGGCGGUUGGAACGAUGGCGCUCCGGGCGGCGGUCCGGGUGGCAUGGACAUGGGCAACUCGGACUGGUCAAUGCCGCCACAAAGCAAGCUGCCACCGAAUGGCAACAAGAUGAAUGCGCUCGAGAUCAUUCGCUGUAGCAAGCAGUACCGGCACCUGUGCGACUUGGGCUUCAAGAAGGAGGACGUGGAGAGUGUCCUGCGCAUGACGAACAUGAACAUGGAGGAGUCGUUGGAUCUGUUGCAUCGCAGCAGUGGCGGCGGUGGCUCCGAUUGGUCCCGCCGCCCAGACGGGCAUGGUGGAUUCGGAGCGGGCGACCAGUUUGUUGGCGGCGGUGGCGUUAGCGGACGCUUUGCUGCGGCGGCGGCCGGCGUUGGUCCGAUGGCAUUCCAGCAGAACAAUCAGAACAAUCUGGGCGGUGGAGUUUUCGGAGGCGGAAAUGGUCCCGCGGCCGGUGGCGGCUCGUUUAACAACAUGAAGUUUGGCGGUGGCCACGGCGGCGCAGGUGGCAACGGCGGCGGACCGGUGGGAGGCGGUGGUCCGCCGGGAGGAGGAGCCGGUGUGUUUGGAGGGCAGCAUCAGCAACAGCAGCCGGGUGGGCUCGGAGGCGCUGGCGGCUUGAAUCAGCCGAACGCCCAAUCGCAGCAAAUCUCGAACCAGCAGUUGCGGCUGCUAGUGCAACAAAUACAGCUGGCCGUCCAGAACGGGUACCUGGAGAACCAGAUUCUCAACCAACCCUUGGCUCCGCAGACGCUGAUGCUUCUACACCAAUUGCUAACUCACAUUAAGCAAUUGAAUGUAAUGCAAAGCAAUCUGAGCCGUACCGGUGGUGGUGGCGUGAAUGCCGUACAAAUGUCCAUCGCAAUCAACAAGCUCAAGUCGCAGAUAGCUAACCUGCAGAGCCAGAUCAACAUGCAGCAGGCGAACUAUCUGAAACAGCAGCAGCAACAGCAGCAACAGCAGCAGCAACAGCAGCAUCAGCACCAGCAGCAACCGCCCCAUCCGGGCAGCCUGAACGCAGCGAACGUGAAUGUAUCGGCGAUGGCAGCUGCUGGCGGCAACCCGGGCAACGAUCUCUUCCGUACGCCGUCCGAUCUAGCCGGCCUGCCGGGCAGCUUCGCCGACAUGGCACUGAAGGAGAGCGGCGGCGUCCCCUUCCCAUCUAGCGGCAGCACUAGUCAACAAUCGCGGCUGCAGCAGUGGAAACUGCCGGCAAACAGUGCCACGACACCGAGCAGUCUCGACAAGGAUGGUUCGGAUCUGACCGAUUUCGUACGUGCGCCUGGUGCCAGCUCCAAGUCUGGUCCGUCCGGAUCGGGCAUUGACGAUGGUACUUGGUCGAAUGGGCGUAGCAAUCUCGGCGACGGUUGGCCGGACUCGGGCUCACAGGACAACAAGGAUUGGCCGGGAGGCAACGAUGCCUUCAGCGAUCUUGUGCCCGAAUUCGAACCGGGAAAACCGUGGAAGGGUACGCAAGCCACACGAAUCGAGGACGACCCAACUAUCACACCGGGCAGCGUUGCUCGCAAUCCACUAUCGAUCGCUGCUGCCAAGGAGUCGAAUUUGUUCGGCGGCAGUGCAGCCAGCGCUGCAAGCAACAGCAAAUCAUCACCCACCGAAUCGACCUGGAGCUUUAACCCGUCCGGCGGUGCCGGUGGUGGCCUCCAGGGCGGCAACUACGGUGGCAAGGUGCAGAAAAACCCUUGGCAAGAUGCAAACACACCGACAAUGCCGCCAGCCGACCUCUGGGACACACCGCUCAGUGGAGCCAACGGUGGCAAGGGCCGCGGCGUAGGUAUGAUGGGUGGCAUCGGUAAGCCGGGCGGCGGCAGCAAGCUGGAUGCAAACGGUUGGAACACGCCGAGCACUCAGGCCGGUGGAGGCAGCACGUGGAACAGUGGUGCGUCUGCAGCCAACACUUGGUCGUCGACAUGGAUUAUGCUUAGAAAUCUAACCGCCCAAAUUGAGGGAUCCACUCUGCGUACGCUGUGCUUGCAGCACGGUCCGGUGGUAAACUUCCAUCUCUACUUGAACCAGGGCAUCGCGCUGUGCAAGUAUGGCACACGCGAGGAAGCGCAGAAGGCACAGUUGGCACUGAACAACUGUCAGCUGGGCAACACGACGAUCAUAGCCGAAAUACCCAACGAAAGUGAAAUACAAUACAUCCUGCCGCAUCAUGUAGGCAACAGCAACGGUAUGACGAACGGACUGGCCAGCGGCGGCGGACAGAACUGGCGCCUCAGUGCUGCUGCUCAAUCGCAGCCAAUGGUUAGCCGGUCCAAUUCGGUCGUCCAGGAUGCUUGGAGCUCGAAUGCUUGGGGCUCGGGCAGCAACACUGGCUCCAGCCUAUGGAACACGCUCGAUGGUGGUCCGGGUGAUCGAGGCACGCCGGCCAAUCUGCAUUCGUUGCUUCCGGAAAGCUUGCUCGGAACAGAACUGAACUGAUGAUUGCGAAACACCACCAACGUCACCGAACGGAACUAACAGUAAGCCUGUGAACGCGCCCAAGAGCGCGUAGAUUCGAAAUCCAUCACUGCUGUUCCACCUCUACCGAGUAACAGGGCGACGAGAAGUUUUAACUGCAUAAGCUAUAGGUGAUAUAAUACGAUGAUUCGCGGUAUUAGAGCUCAGCUCUCCCCCCCCCCCCAUCAUCGUGUUGGCGUUUCCAGAUGCACCGAAGGCCGAUGACACAUCCCAAAAAAAGUAAUAAAAUUCUCUUAGGAUAGUUAAGGUAAGCUACUAUAUGAUGGGAAGCACCGCGUUGCUGUGGGAGGAAUGGAAUUGAUGUAAUAUUUGCCACUUUAUAUAGUGUAUUGGUUCGUGAGUCAAUCGCGCAUUACAAGUGCGCACAGAUUUCAACAAUCCUGGGGGGAAAAACACGCGCACUCUGACGCUCUUUCUUUUCUAUCCUCCUUUCUCUCUCUCUCGCAGAAUAGAACUAGUUUUAAAGAAGCUGCUGUUGUAGGAACGCAUAGCUGUGGAGGUCAACACACAUUCUUAAAACCCAACACACAAUAUACUAUGCGAACUCAUCUACGAUGGUAGCUGAAGAAUGUAGCUAAAGAGCGCAGGCCUGCGAGACUAACGCUGGAGAAAGGGAGGGAGAAACGAACGGACGGGAGUACACAGGAGUAAAACAAAAAGCAAAAAAAAAAGAAACCUAAAAAGUGUCUUUUGAAAGUCAGCGGUUUCGCGUCUGGCGUAGUAUUAAGGUGUUGUGAAUGUUUUUAUCAUUUUUUUAAACAAUGUAAUCUUAUACAAUUUAAAUGAUAUAUUAUAUAUAUUUGAGAAGCAGAUGGCAUGAUGAUGGAAUAAUUAAUUGAAUAGAAAGCAAACACAAAAACAAACAAGACAGACGUUGUUCUGAGUAAGCACGAAAAGUAAUAAUAAUAAUAAUACGGGAAAGUCUUAUGUAGAAACAAAAGCAAAAGUAGUACCACACAACAAAUGAGAAGUGGGUGUGUGCGUGUGUUUAAUCUAAAGAAUGCUAAAUCUACGUAGGAUCCAAACAACUCGGGCCCGCAGCAUACAUUUCAUGUCAAAGAGAAAACUCUAGUUCUAGAUUCAAAAACAAAAAGUUGUUUGAAGAAAACUUGUUUUGUUGAUUCGUUUAUUUUUUAAACUAAAACCAACCUACAAACUCUUCCCCACCCUUUUCUCCUAAUGAGAAAAAAAAUCCUUCCGCACCUUAUCGGCGUGAGAGAAAGCGCUUAAUCAACGAUGACGAAUUAGUGGUAGAAGAAGGCGUUACAAACCCAGGAGUGUUUGGUAGUGGAAUCGGGGAGGCGGAGGGUAUAGGUAAAUGAAGCGCGUGUGAGCGUGUUUAGUGAGAAGUUGACCAAAAUUUGCUUCUCCCACAAAGGCGGUGAAAAGUAAUAAGAAAUUAACGAAAGUGUGCUACAAAUGAAAUCGAAAGCUAAUAAUGUUAUUAUGCGAUAAGUUAUUGAGUACUCGAUUUAUAUACAGAGGUAGAUAUUUAGCAUUUUUGUCCUAAGUGAUUUUUCUCGUUUUGUUUUUAACGUAAAUUAUCUCCAUCCACUUUCUUCCCCUUAUGUGGAGUCCCUCCCUUUAUGUUUACCAACAACCCACCGCCCACCCGGGGAUGCGCGUGGUGGUGGUGGUAGUGGUUGUCGAUCUGUUUUCAAAAAGUAUAUGAUGAAGGAGGGGAAGCCUCGUAUAAAAAAAAAAAAAACGGAACAAUGGAGGGCACUAAAAGAAGAGUGAAGAAACGGGGGAGAAGAGAAUGUGAACGAGCUGUGGAAUACAAAAUACAUAAUACAUAUAUAUACAUAUACACAAAAUAUGGAUAUAUCAAAAGAAACAACAACAAAAAACAUUUCCUUUUUAUGACGCUUGUAGAAUUGGCUGUUUUGUGAAGGAGACAGACAUUACAUACACUCAGCCAAACAAAGCAAAUUAAUAGAGGUAGUAAUUAAGCUAAGUAAACAAUACUGACCCCGACCCGGUGUGCGGUCGUAAAUCACAUACCUAGUGUGCGUAAGGAAAUAGUGCGUAAGAAUGUACCGUAAUGCGUAAGACAAAAACCAAAAGAUAAAAAAGAUAGAAAAAAACGCAAAACAAAAAACAGGAAAAUGAUAAAAUCAAAAAAACACAAAAAAAAACGCAACAUUACUUUACAAACUAAGUCACACAAAGGAAGAAACACGAGGCAGUGUUUGAUAGAAGAGAUGUUUCAGCAGGGGAAAAGAUUAUUUGUACCAUUUUGUUUUGUUUUUUACCUUAAGCAUGCUAUUUCGUGCCGCUCUCCAGUCGUAGAGAAUUAUUAGCGUACGUUACACGUACGUCGUAUCGUUGCUGUGUGUUCGUUGUUCUAUCCGUGCCGCGUCGUCGUCCUACUUACCCCCUUUUCUUUUGUCGCAUAUACGCGCGCAGUCGAAGGCAGCCUUUCUGCUCCAGCGUUUAUGUAAGAAGGUCCCUUGCGGCCACCAACCAAAUGACAGCUAAAGCCAGUAGCUAAUCCAGCUGAUGAUCCGCAUUCGUGCUUUCCAUAGACUUAAUAAUGCUAAUGCCGCCAGCAGCAUCUCGUACCUCGUCGUCCAAGGUUCUCUAUAUUGUUUUGUUUUAAUGUUUAUUGUUUUGUUCGGUUUUAGUUUUGACUUUUUGCGUUUCUGAAAUAACAAUGUGAGAUUAAAAAGACCUACUGGGAGAGCGAAUGGAAUUACUAAUUAAAAAAUAAUAAUCUAGGAAUUAGGAGGGAGAGAGACAGCUCUGUAUGAAUGGAUUGUUGUGUGUGUGUGUGCGAAUGAAAUCUAAAAGACGUGCAUACAGUGCAUACAGUGAAAAAUGAAAAAAGAAAAAAAUCGAAAAGAUGCACCUACUCUAUCAUAAGUCAAAAGAAACUAACAAAACCAAAACAAACAGGAAAGACAAUGAGCAAUUAGUUUAUAUUAAAAGAAGAAAAUUAAAAAACACAUUUCAUCAUUUGGGAUUUUAUACACAGCAGUGGUGAGACAAGAGAGAACAACACAAACAAACAAAAGUCACGGAUUCUAGUUGUAGUCGAUCGAUUUCGUUUCGUUUUUCAUGUGUUAUUAAAAACCACAAUUGAUUAGUCAUAGGGAUUUUGUUAGGGUUUUUGCUUGGUUCAAAUUUGUAGGAGAAAAAGCACAUGCAACGAACGUAAAAAGCGCACAACUAAGGAAGUUUGUGUGUGUGUACGUGUGCUUGGUGUGUGCGUGUGUGAGUGUGUAUACUGUGCGCGUGCGAGCGAGUGUGUGUGUGUGCUCUUUUGUGUUUCGUAAAACAAAAAGUGAGGAAACAAUAAUAACUAACAAUCGGAAACGCUUGGAUUAUAACUAUGAAAGCCAUUUUAGCCCAUUACCACAAGAAGACGAAGAAGAAGAAGUGUAGAGCGAUAAAAGUGGGAAAUAGGAAAAGAUACGCCAGACAUUAGGAAAGACAGAGAGAGACGGCGAGUAUUGCUAGUUAUCUAGUGUGGAAAAUGAGUACUGCGAGGAGAUUAAACCAAUUUUAUGUUCCUACUAAUGAGAAAUUUUGUAUAGGGCACCCUCUCCGCAGUCAGUUGUUCAGGACUGUAACAACAGACACACCACACCACAAUCUGCCGAGAUCCCAAAAUCGGUCACGGACCCCGAAUGCUGACAAGAGAAACCACAUGUAAUUCCAUUCUAAGACCAUUCUUAAGCGAGGAGUAUGGGUGUGUGUGUGUGUGCGUGUUUGUUCAAAUCCAAAGUCUUAUGCGUUGUAUCUGGUAAAGGGAGACAACCAUCAUCAACAAGUCCCCGAAUAUAUCAGUUAUAAGUGAGCAAAGGUCAGUUAAAUGUGGUUAUUUAAGUUUUGUUUUUUUGCUCAAAGCGUUCUUAUUUUGGCGUUUUGGUGAAUUUGGUGAAGCUCAGCCGUGUAUCACACUAUUGCUAGUAAACCGGCGUUUACCCGCGUGUUGCGUAAACGUUUGUAUUAGACUGAACUGGAAAACAGAACGAAGCUAUAAUUUCACCGUGGUUCAACCCGCAGCACAAACGGCCUUUAAGCGAGAGACGUGUGUUCCCUGUUAUGUUAACAUCUGAUCAGGAUUAUUAUAAAUCAUUUAGCCAUUACUCUUUCCAUCUGCAUUCCGCGAUGAAUAUAAUUAUGUUGUUCUAGUUUGUCCGUUUUUUUUUCUUUCUUUCUCUGUGCUAAGCCAUAAUACGAUAAGGGAAGUGCGCGUGUGUGCGUGCGUGUGUGCGUGUGUGUGCGUGUGUUUGUUUGUGAUAUAAGUUAUACAGCAGCAAGCACGCAAAACCAAUCUCAACCAAAGUACGAAUGCCAAGACAGGGUGGUGGUGGAAAGGGUGAUGUUGUAGAGCGAGGAUUGUUAAACCAGGGAUAUGUCGGAGAAAAUCGGAACAGGAAUAUUUUCUCACGUGUGUGUCGCGCGUGUGAUUUCCAUCAUGCAAAAUCCGGUGCCUGUUCUUUCCGCACACGAAACAAACAAAACCCCCCCCCGGCAAAAGCAAUGUAUGAAGUGCCUAUAACAGGAAUAGCAUGUGUAUCAUCACUAUUAUGUGUAUUAAAUCGAACGUUUUAUGGUUUAGUUUUUGUGCAUUUGAGUUAAACCCGGUCGUGGUGAGUGAGGGUAGCUCUUUCGUUAAAGAAAAGGGAGAAUGAAACACAAUCAGUAACAAAAGCGGAAACAAUAUAUGUAUCGCCAUUUCGUUGUUAACGUUGUUUACUAAAGCAAUGAGUGCAAUUUUUGGCUAAACAAUUAUUAUAGUAACAUAAGAUAGCGAUCUUUGGAUAAGUAUUUUUUUGUUUUCUAUUUCGCUGCACGAAGGAAGCGCACCAGAGCAUCACACGCAUCAUUUCUGGGCAUGUUUAGUAUAUGAAUACAACACACACACACACACAUACACACCGGUAGGCAUAUUUUGUGUACGCAAACGCAAUACUCUUAUUCUAUUCACUCCAAAGCGGAGUCGCGUAAAUCAGGGUUUUAGGAUGACUAGGAAACACAGGAUGUGCUAGCAAAAUGACUCACACACACACACACACACACACACACACAUACAGAUACGAUUCUGUUCAACAAAAAGGAUAUGCGCAAUAGGAGGUGGUGGAUUCAUCCUCCCUUCUCCCUUACCGCACACAGUAGUAGUAUUGCGGGCGUAUGUUGUGUGCCAAAGGAAUAACACUACAACAGCGCUUGUCUUGUUUAGCUGCACUUUAUUUACUCUGUACACGUUAGGCUUUUUGGUUAGGAAGGACAAACCGCUACUAUUAUUAGAUGCUAUUGUCAAACUCAUGUCUCAUGUCAUACACUCCGCCAGAUACACUCCGAAAUGCUAGUUUUCUGUAAGAACAAAAGUAACGCUAGACAAAAACAAAAUGGGAAAUAAUUCAACACACACUCUGCAGCGUGGGGGAAUGAGGGAUAUGGGUACACUACCAGUGAGCAUAAAGCAAGCAAUGUCCGGGUUUCUAUUUCCGGGCCAGUGUGGAGUGAUUUGCCGAACCGAUCAAACGCCGCGCGCAUGUAGAAUUGAUUAAAGAUUGAGCACAAAGCAAAAGUUAAGUACCCUUCCCCGUCUCCCCAUCACUCCUCCUCUCCCGUAACGGUUGGAUAAUUCCAUCCAAUUGAUAUCUAACUCCAGGCAAUAUACAGUAGACGUAUGUAAACAUUGCACACACAACCCGUGCUCAAAAAUAUCGUGAAUGUCCCUCAUUUAGUGUGUUAGCAGGUAGUGCGCGUAGUUUGGCCGUUGAACCUAUUUACCGUAUUUAGCUGUGUAAGAAUGUGGGAGAAGAAGAAAGUAUACCUUUUAAGCCAUCUGCCACCAAUGAUGUAAGGGAUAGGGCCGAGUUUAUCAAGAAUACGAUGGUAGAAACAGAGCGUAAGCGAAGCAAACGAGUAGCUUUAUGUCGUCUAUCUGUUUAUGACUCACACCUAUCAAACAGCAACGCUAAUUGCAAACAAAAAACCCUUUCUACUAAAAACGCAGUCGACUGGGAUGUGGAAGUCAAUAAAGCAACUCUCUCCCCAAAGUGCCCAGGUUCGGGAGCGAAUGCAAACAAGCAAAGGCAGGGUUUGUCGCGGAAUAUGGAAACCUAUAUAAGAUGAUGAAUUUGUGAUAUUCUACUUUCCAUACCACACGACUCACAAACACACAAAUAAAACAGAGCAUAUGUUUGAUUUCUGAAUAAAACGUCCCGAAUAGAAGAAGCUGUCUGUAACUAAUACAUUUACCUCAAUAUAAUGGGUAAAGAUCAGUGGGGAAGUGUGAGAACCAUCGGUGAGCGGGGGGGUUGAAAAUCGAAUCAGAGUGUGCGUGUGUGUGUGCGUACCGUUAGUUUUAGCAGGUAAGGAAAGUGGGCAAGGCAAAGGAAAGCUAUAGGGAAGUACAGACAAAGGACAAACAUAACGAUGGUGCUUUAAAUUUGUAAACCAAUUUAUGCUCAAUUGUAAACAGCCACACUAGAAUUUGUGCAGUGUGUGCAGUUUUGUGUUAUUUUAGAAAGCAAAGCGAACUGAUGAUGAUGGGGAAGAAGAGUCCAUCAAAAAAGUACUCGGAAGCCCAAUCCCACACAUACAUUCACACACACGCACACACGCAUGCUCCAUGUACUGUUGUUUCUUUCGUUUUUCUUUCCCGCUUUUCGAGGAUGCUGAUACACACUUAGCCUGUUUAGUAAGACUAGUUUUUAGCCACCGAAAUGUGUGUUCCAUGUACGAGUGUGAUGGGAUAAGGCAGAAAUUUACGCACCUUUUUGUUUCCAUUUCAUUCCCCGCGUACUUCCUUCCAGUGAGUACUACUAUGGACGCCACAGCUGUCUUCCAAACAAAGUUUAAGUGUCUUUCCAAAGCUUCUGUUUUCUUGUGAAAUCUAAAGUAAAACAGUCAGUCAGAAAUCAAAUUUGCAAACUUUAAUCCAUGCUUACCCCCUACCAGUUGUGUGUGCCACACAUAGGGAAAAGGUGGUCUCUCGUUUUCAGCCUAGUGCCAAACUCCUUGCUGCUAGCAUGUGAUCCUAAACACGAAUCCUUCCGGUGACAGACCGAUAGACAUAGUAGAUAUGGCGAUAUUGUUGUUACUCUUGGAUGGCGUUUUCUUUUUCUGGGCGGUCAAACGACUAUUUCAAUGUGGCCGUCUUUUCAAACGAUUACCAAACUUCUAUUCUAAAAAACAAACUCACACAUCUCAGUAUAGCCCCAGUAUAAAAGCCUCGAACGCGGAUGUGAUGCGGGGACGUACUCGAUUAGUGCAAUACUUACGCUGGUGUGUUACAACACAGCAACUUUAACGACGAAUAUGACAAUGCAAUGGCAACUAGGAUAGACGGAAUGACAAGCAGUGUGUGUGUGUGUAGCACAUGUUUACCAUAAUAGUUGUUCUACAGCCAGCAUGUUCGGUUUGCGCAGUAGGCUUGCUAGCUAUUAGUGUCCCUUUAGUAAGGUCUCGCUGUGGAAACUCCGCCGUAUGCAGACAGUUCACGCACACCCGCCAAACACACCGUGCACACAUGCACACAUAUAAACGCACGCGAAUUCAAGCUUAAGGAAAUGCAAUGAAGAAAUCAACGAGCAAUGGGAGUAAAAUCUCCUUGACAAUGAUAAAAGUGUGAUAACAAGUGGUGACGACACAAAACUAAGCAGAAGCAAAGUGAAGCGAACGGAAAUAUAACUGGUCAAUAUUACGCGAAAAACAUUGGUAGGUUUCAAACCAAAUCAGUAAUUGUUUGCGGAUAAUAUGUUGUGGGCGAGCGUAGGUGUGAACAGCAGCUAGAAACGAGCGAAACAUUCAAAUCAAGUUAAGCAAUGAGAGAAAAAAAACGACAGAAACCGACACUAGUGCAGGAAUCUUAACUUUAAGAACUAUGUUUUUGUUUUACUUUAACAGGCUAUACGUCAUAUCAUGUUUUCUUUUCCACGGUUGUGUUGUUAUCUGCAUAUAGAACUUGAAAUCUUUGAAAUUAGUUACAACGCAAUGCAAAGGUUAACACAACAAAGAAAACGUUCAACCAACCACCCCGCGAAGGCUGUUAAACUAACUACCUAUUUGCUCAGAUUUAAGUUGCUUUAAGUGUGUAAAGGAUUUUGUUUUAAACUAUUUGUUAACCCCUUAUCUUCCACGCAGCACUCUCUCUCUCUACACAACGACACACGAACACGAAACCCGGCAAACCAGAUACUAGUGAAGCACAUUCCAAAAACAUCCAUUCGAGCUUUAUACUUACGCGAGAAGUAGGCCGUGAGCGUGCUAGUUAUGUUUUGUAAUAUGAAAAUGAGAUGGAAAGGUUAAACUCGGAGGCUCUCGAAAACGUCCUGUAAAUCGUGCGAUCGUCCUGGUGGUGUGUACGCGUAUUUGCUAACGCAUCCUUUUCGCAUCCACAGACUUGCUUGCUUGGAGGAAAGUGAUAAAAUGUGAAUCAAAACGAUAAUGUGUGAAAUGAAGUCCUCAUUGAAUUGACAGUCAGAAACACAAACCAAUUGGGAAACAAACACCCGAAUGUGUUACACCGUUAGAGAACAAGUACAUUACAAAAAAACAACUAAGAAUAAACGGCAUGGGGAAAGAAGAAGAACAGUGUAAUCAAACAAUGAAGUGACAACCAAUUAGACAAGGUAAAUGACGGUUAAUGUAGAAGAAAACACGCGCGAUGAGAUAUCGUCCUCGUAUACACUCUCUGGCAAAUGCAAAUGCUCUAUUCCUUCGUCCUUAUCAUACAUAUGUUUCAAGCACAACACGAACGAGGGGAGGGUAUAAAACUGCAAUGCAAUUAUGUUUAUUGACAAGACGAUAUUUACUUGCUCUAGAUACUUUAUGAAUCUUUUAUGGGGGACGAUGCCCCAAGGAGGAUAGAAACUGCUGUGCGCGCGCCAUAAAACUACAAUCAUUAGCUGUAUAGUUUGUGAAUUUUGUUCGAUUUUGUAUCGCUUUUAUUUCAUGCUGUUAAACGCUUAUAUUAGAGCAUACCUUUCGGGGUGAUAGGUACGUGGGAUAAGAAGCUAUUGGUCACGCACACACACACAAACAAACAAAUACCUAGACACACCGUUUAUGCUGCUGCUGCAUUCAUAUACUGUUACUUUUGAAAUGGAAAACCUGACGUACUUGAAACGAUGUGCAACCCGCUAUAUCAUAGUUUUAAGCUUUAAUUUAUUUAGUUUUACGUGCGCUAAGUGAAGUACAACAACAAACGUCUACUCACAAUAACUACCACAAUUAUUAUCCCCCUCCCCUUUUUGUGGGUGGCCCCUGGUUGGAUUAUAAUUCUUGCUCGUAUUCAUAUUAUGCGUUCCUAGAACAACACAUUCUUAUGGCCGAAGCAGAACAGGAAUGCCGCAGGAGGAGUGUUUGUGUGCGUGUGCAUAGUGAACAAACAAAAAGGCAACAAAAUAUACAAGCAAACAAGAGUGAAACAUCUUUAGCUGUAAAACAAUGACAUCAAACCAAAACGACACGCGGCACCUUAUAGCAUUAUAAGCAAAUCUAACUAAUGUACGGCAAUAAUUGGGAGCGUAACGUACAAUACAAUAACAUCAUACAACAGCAACACAUGGUCUGCAUAUCGGUUAAACCUUUUUUUUAGAAACCAUUUAAGAGAAACCAUAAUCUCCAGAAUCCGUUCUGCUGCUCCGUUGCUAGUAUAAACUUUCUAAAAAUCCCCCCGAGAGAAAAAACAACAUACAAAAAGCAACAAAAUCGUUUGCUGUCUGUCGAUUGUGUUCCGGUUUAGAGUAGUUAACAAAAGUUGUUUUGUGCUUUAAUUGUUUUGUAAUGUGCGCGUGGUGUGGUAUUUGUAUACCAUUUGCCACAGUUUCCAUCAUAUUUUUCUUUCUAGCUCAGAUAAACGUGUAUUUAUACAGAUAUAUACAACACCAUAUUCUGCUCAUAUUGUUUUUUCUUUUUGUGCUCGAAAGGAAAGCAAUGUUAGACGUUAAAAAAAAAGAAAGACGGAAGAAUUUAUUUAUACACCAUAUCUUUGUAGAAAUAUUCCAACUUGCAGUAGAGCAGAAGAGAUCACGCAAAAGUAAACAAAAAUACAAACAAAAAAAUGCCAAGAUCAAUCAAACCGCGAAAUACAUUAAGCAUCAGAGCAAAAAUGUGUCUUAUAGUAUGAACUCCAAUCCAAAAAUCAACAUAUUACCAUUCGUAUGCAGAGAAUGAAUGAGAGUUUUGAGUUGCACUUUUGCGCAUUGAUUUAUCAUUGAGGGACAUUUAGGAAUUUACAUUCUGUGCAGAGUGAAGCCUGCGCUAAUUUUAAUGUAGGAGAUGUGUUGUGUUGGUGGCAUGAUGGGUGGUACGGGAAAUAUAAUCCAAAGCAGUUUUAUCAGGAACACGUCAAUGCCAUCCCAAGGGAGAGCGCGCUUUAUCGAUUUAAAGAUCAGACGAUCAGAUCUCACUUCUCUAUCGAUAGUCGAGCAUCUCGCAACAACGAAGGAUUAGAACAAGACGGCUCGUGUCCUGACAUGCAGUUUUGGGACUGAUUGUUAGGGCCCUUUCUAAAACGGAAGGAGUGAUACGCAUCUUCUUGUGCGAUCAUAACGAUCACACACGAACACGCGCUCGGCAGUGCUGCCAUGUGCAUUAUGUGCGCAUAAACGCGCAUUCUGCUGUGUUGGAAGAAAGAAUCGUAGACUAUUUUCACUCUAUCUCUCCUUCACUUCCUAUUCUGUGUAUGAGGCCAUCGUAUACAGAUUUUUUUGUGAGCGAUCAACCUCCCAGCUAUUUUGUUAAUUCUUCGCUUUCGUGCAAGUCAAUGAAAAAAGGUGCCAUUAUGUUUACCAUACGCAAACACACACUGUUGUGUUGUGUGUAUUAUGUUUCGACAUUAGUGCAUUACAUCUUUUCUAUUAGUUUGAACAUUUGGGAUAAAGAACGAUAGGGAAAACUGAGAGAGAGAGCUAUUGAAGCGAGAUAAACCAACCCUUUCAUACAACUGAAAGGGUUGUUAGUUAAGGGUGGACAAAGGUGUAGUAGUAGUCGAUCGGCACUUAGUGAAUCGGGUAAACGGAACAUCAGUGCUGUGUGCGUCGUGUGUGUGUGCGAAAGCGUGUGAUUCGCUCAAACUGCCUAGCUUUUGAUAGGAAUGAUCAAAAGGGCAAUAUUUUCUGUUAAUUUCUUAGCAAAUGUAGGGGAAAGAGGAGGAACUCUGGGGGGAAAAGCCCGAACCGAAGUGAACACACCGCAACCAUCUGAUACUCACAUUUUCUAAACACACCCAACUCCUGCUACUACGUCUACUAUAUAACUAUAACAGAACAAUGCAGCAACCAAAACCAGAUGGAACAAUACAAUAAUGAUAAUGAUAACGAAACAGUGAUUAAUAAACGCUAAUCGAUCUAAGCAAUGAAACUUAAAAACUGAGUAAAGGAUAUAGAUAAAAAAACACACACACCCACACAAACGUGAAAAUACUGGUGAAAAUCAUUAGCUGUGUAGGGGUGUAGGAAAGGAUUAUAGCAAAAGCUGAAUGUAUGUGUUGUGGUGUAGAGAUAAAUCUAAAACAAAACAAAACUUUACGUGUAUUUCAAACGGAAGAGGUAGCUAACUGCAAAACAAAAGCCUGUUUCCGGCGUUUCGUUAGUUUGGUUGUUUGUUUUUACUUUCCUCCAUAGCUUGAUAACAAGCAAACAAACAAGGUAGUGAGAGAAAUAACAAGCAAAUAAAUCAACACACAGAACAAAAGCAACAAACAAAUAAAUGUAAAAAAAAAAAAUAGAAAACCAAACAAAACUCAUUUGAAAAAAAAUAAGAAACCCCAAAGCGAUAAAUAUGAAACACAACACAACACUGUAUUAUCAAAACAAAACCUUACACACGAGACAAAACAAACAUACAACUAAUGGUGCAUAUUUAGCUGAGGAAUCAUGUUUUUACAAUAAUAUACAACAGACAGAAAGAGCGAAGGAAGCAACUCUGCCGAAAGCGGAUCAAUGAGAGAGAGAGGGGAACGAAUGUGUGGCCCGAAAAAACGUGGGUAGUUAGUGCGUAAAUUGGAAGUGCAGCGUGCACAUACUAAAGUAAGACAAAAGCAGAAAAAUCCGGAUUAGGAAAGACAUGUGCGCAUGAAUGCGUUUGUGGAGAAUGAAUGGAGAUACUAUGAAAUAGAAGGGGAAUAAAAAGAUGGAAGAAAUUCAGCAGCAAGAAAACAAAAUAAAAAAGAGAGAAAAAAGAAAGAAAGAAAGAUAAAAACACGAACUUCAAAUGCGCAUACAAAUUUCACAUUGAAGAGACUGAAAUGCCAAAUUAAUCAUACCUUAUAGAGAACAAACAAACCAACAUUGUGUAGUAAAAAGAAAAACUGAAAACAAAUGGAAGAAGGAAACAAACGACAAAUGAAUUAAACGCUAAACAACAAUUAAGCACGCACACGUACACGAAAAACACUCACACUUACAUGCAUUCAACACUCACAAUAGGAGAACAAGGGCAAGAGGGAAUUAUACGUGCUUAUGACGUUAUAUUGAGUCAAUCGAGACAUCAUCAAAUCAGCAAAAAAAACCCCAGAGCAAACCAAACCGGGCGUGGAAUGAAUUGGAAAUGAGUGGAUCAAGGGGCGCAAACAUGUGAGCGAUUUAGUGCAACACUAAAAAAACAAGCAACACACAUUACAGAGCAAUGCAAGUGGAAUAUAAAAACAAAAGUUUUCGUAUAUUUAUGAUGGUGCAUACCGCUGUACGCUGGAGAUUGGAAAGGAAAGCUGAGAAAGCUGAAAAGGUGUAUGAUAUAGAAAAGAAAACAUCAACCGAAUCCAACACGUGGGCCAGCGCCCAAUGUCGUGAGGGGAAAUAAAACGAUAAGCUGAGAUGGAAAUGCAAACAAACAAAAGAAAAAACACACACAAAAACAAACAAAAAAAAACAGUAAUAAUGAUUAUUGAUAGCAAAAGUAAGACUUUUUCUGCAUACCCGACUCUAAUAGAGGAAGAGUUACAUUUAUAAGGUUCUUAAUGUUCAAUAAACGGUCAAAAUAGUGCA